GCGUAAACUUCGCUGUGCCCCGGCGCCCCCAUUGUCCCCCUCUCGUCUGUGUGAGUCCGUGCCGUGCAUAGCGUCAACGUCCACGUCCACCGCGUCCUCUUCUUCGUCUCCUCUCGCUCCCCUACCAAUGGACACCUCCCCGUACGACAUGGAGGGCGCGUCCGUCGACCCGUCCGUCAACGUCGACGCCUACGCUGACCCACAGCAGCACAAUGGGCCCGUGAAGCUCUUCGUGGGCCAAGUGCCUCGCACUAUGGAAGAGGACGAUCUACGUCCUGUUCUCGAGGUCUUUGGGCCGCUCGAGGACCUCGUGAUCAUCCGAGAUAAGAUCACAGGCGCCCAUCGCGGCUGUGCCUUCGCCUCGUACUUUACGCGCGACGCGGCCGAGAAGGCCGUCCAGGAACUACAUAACAAAGUCACGCUCCCGCAAAGUAUCAACCCGCUACAAGUCCGCCCCGCUGAGGGCCAGGCAGGCGCCUCGCAAGAGCAUAAACUCUUCAUCGGAAUGAUCCCAAAGACCGCUGAUGAGGCGGCAAUUCGCGACGUCUUCGAGCUCUUUGGGUCAAUAGAGGAGGUCUACAUCCUACGUCACCCCGCUACAGGCCAAAGCAAGGGCUGUGCCUUCCUGAAAUUUAAGGAACGCAGCUCUGCCCUCGCUGCGAUUGAGGAAGUCAACGGCAUCGUCACAAUGGACCGCGGCACGUCGCCUCUCGUCGUCAAGUUCGCCGAUAGUCGUCGUCAACGUCUCCAACGUGCACGCAACUUGGCAGCGGCAACCAACGCGUACUGGCCGCUGCCUCCUGGAGCGGGAUUGGCUUUUCCGCAGCUGCAGCAGCUACAACAGCAAUACAUGCAGCAGAUGCAGGCCUUUGGAGCCCAAGCCGCGGCUGGAAUGAGCCCGACAGUCGCCGGUCUGGGCUCUCCAGUCGGAGCGACUGCGAGCGGCCCUGGAAGCCCCACCAACUCGUUCAUGUACUACAAUCCGUACGGCUUUGCGGCUGGCGCUGCAGCUCCGUACGGAUUCGGUGGCAUGCCCAACGUGGCCGCUGCUGGCUUCGACAUGCAGACAGGUCUGGGCGCUAGCUUGGACCUCCAAGGACAGGGCGCGGAAGCUGCCAAAGCCUCACGUACCACCAGCCAACUGGAAGGCCCCACAGGCGCCAAUUUGUUCAUCUACCACUUGCCGCACGACCUCACAGACGCCGAUCUGGCCACUGCCUUCGCUCCCUUCGGCACAGUUAUCAGUGCUAAGGUGUACAUGGACAAGAUCACGGGGGAAAGCAAGGGCUUUGGCUUCGUGAGUUACGACAGCGCAGACGCUGCAGACGCCGCUAUCGCCAGCAUGAAUGGCUUCCAGAUCGGCACCAAGAGACUGAAGGUGCAACACAAGCGUAUCCAUCAGAGAAGCGACUAUCUGGGCGGCUCUGGCAGCGGUCUCGGCCAUGACGACGAGCUGGCUGGGAUGGAGUAUCACCAGGGCCCUGGCAUCCACGGAUUGGACGAAAAUCUGCACAGUGAGGACAGCGGCGCCCUGUCGCCUAGCAGCGCCGCAGAAGGCAACAACGGCGUCGACACGUCACUAGACGAGGCCGUGCAGAACCUGCGCAUCGACGCGUAA